AACCAAAAACCAAGAUCGAAGAAGAAGAAGAAUAAGACUACUAGAGAAGUGAACCGAGAAAGUAGAGUUGGAGGACCCUCAGCUCUCUGGCCGUUCCUCUCUGGCCGUUCCUCUCUGGCGUCCAAAUCCUGAAUUCUGGAAAUGUUGACUCCUCUUUGGAGAAACAUCCAAUUCUAACUGAAAUUGCAUGUAAUUGUGACCUGUGGUUGGUUGUUUCCGGCAAAAUACUCGCCGAUGUUUCUUCAAACCAUAUGAGGAUUUCAUAGAUUAUAGUGACUAAAUUAUUUCUCAAGGAACUCGCUACUUCUAUCGCAACCAUCUCGAUGGCUUUCAGGCGAAGCAUCUCCUUCAGAGUGACUCUUCUCAGACAACGGUUUCACCCAUCAUUUAGUUAUAUUCUUCAUGAUGAUGAUCGUAAAUGCCAACCUCCUGCUGCAGAUCCACUUACUCGACCUGCAGCUAGUUACUUCCUGGAAGAGGGAACCUAUAAUAGCAACAUUAACUUGAAGUUUCAAGACAAAAGAUUUUCAUCACUCUAUCUCCUUCCUGGGAUUGGACCCUCUUUGUGUAGGCAUAUGUCGAGCACUGUUGGAGGAGGGUCAGAUAAAUUUGAGUACAUAAAUGAUGUUGCAGAUGUUCUUACGGAGAAGGGUGUGGAAGUGGCUCAGGUUCCUUCUGUGAGUGAAGUGGCUAUUGCAGCUGCUGAUUCUUUCUAUCCAGUUGCUGCCUUGCAAUACUUAAUUGACGGGGUUCAUUCUUUUACCGGUUUACACUGGUGGGCAUCCAUAGCUUUAACAACCAUCUUGAUUCGAGGGGCUACAGUUCCACUUUUGAUAAAUCAGCUCAAAGCUACUUCAAAGCUUACUUUGAUGAGGCCACAUUUGGAGGAGAUUAAACAACAAAUAGAUAUGGCAAUGGAUCCUAAGGCUGUGACUGAGGGUCAGAAACGAAUGAAGGCACUGUUCAAGGAGUAUGGAGUCUCUCCAUUUACUCCAUUCAAGGGACUUUUUAUCCAAGGUCCCAUUUUCAUCAGCUUUUUCACGGCUAUUUCAAACAUGGCAGAGAAGGUUCCAUCUUUCAAAGGUGGUGGAGCUUUUUGGUUUACCGAUCUCACUACUCCAGAUAGUUUAUACAUCUUUCCAAUUCUAACAUCUUUGAUCUUUCUGAUAACUGUGGAGUGCAAUAUGCAAGAGGGUAUGGAAGGAAAUUCUGUUGCUGGCACCAUGAAGAAUGUGUCCAGGGUCCUUGCUGUUCUUACUAUUCCUUUCACAAUGAGCUUCCCUAAGGCAAUAUUUUGUUACUGGGUCACCUCCAACUUGUUUUCGCUCAUGUAUGGCCUAGUACUUAAAAGACCCUCGGUUAAGGAGUUCUUGGGUCUUCCAAAACUACCUGCAGCACCUCCUUCUGCAACACAAUCUUCCUUCUCACUAUCGUCACUGUUUAAACAGUUUACACCAACCACAUCAGAAGCUUCACUUCCUGUUGAGUCAUCAAAGUUUGCUGAUAGGAGGACAUCUUCAUCUUCAGUUAUCAGCCAGAGGCUUAAGAGUGUAGAGAAAGAAGUGAAGAGAAGAAAGAAAAACAAGAAGAGAUAAGGAAAUAAGUUGACGGAAUUGGUUGCUUCUGUUUAGUUGAAUAACACUAGCUGAAUCGAUUCGGGAUGCAGAUAAGUCUCAUGUUUGGAGAAUGCAUGAACUCAGGGAACUGGGGAUAUAUUUGUAUUUUUUAUUACGUUGGGUUUAUGAGAGUUGUAAUUUCGAGAUAGGGGAUUAAUUUUCUUUUUGGGUUUUUUUGAUGUUUUGACUAAGAAACCCAUGUUUUGAAGUUUGACUAACUUGGGGUUCUUAGCCAAAUAACAAGCGUGCUUCUAGUGAGUGGGUAAAAAAGAAAUUCAGUAUGCGACAACCGUAUUCUAGUAUAGAGCAAGGUUCAGGCCGAAUUAUUGGUACUUUUUUUUUUAAGUUUUAUUUAUUUUUUUCUAAAAUUGGUUGAGAGGGAUCGGUUUAAGGCUUGGUUAUCCUCUGAACCAUGGUCUGACCUGAUACGACCCCUGGAGGGGUGUAUCGGGAAGCCAUUGGCACGAUACGUAUUGGCUGAGAUGAUACAUGUUGAUACUUUAAACCUUGGUAUAGAGGUAAGUUUUGGUGUUAA